GAGCGCCAGUCCGCGGCUCGGCGCGGGCGGACAGCGGACCAGACUGGCUGUGGGACGUGAAAGGGGCAAACACCAGCCAGCUCAAGGGAGGCGGAGGGGCCGGAAGCCCUGGACGCCGAGCGCCAGCCACCCGCCAAGAGCUGCGCUCCUGGGCGCUGUGCUGGACAGGGGACAGUUACUGAGGGCUGGUGAGCCCACUUAACGGAUUACCCGAAAAAGCAAGAUGUCACCGUGGACCCUUGGCCUCCAGGGCUCACUGAGGGGGGAGUAAGAUCGGGGGCAGGUUGGCUCUUGGCUUAGACUGAAAAGCAGCCAUGGAGACGGUGUACGAGCAACUCAAUGACAGCCAGGCAUGGCCGCCCUCCCCCUUUGACCUCAAUGGCUCUGCAACCGCAGCGAACAACUCCAACAAGACAGAGCCGUACUACGACAUGACCAGCAAUGCGGUCCUCACCUUCAUAUACUUCGUGGUCUGCAUCAUCGGUCUCUGUGGCAACACUCUUGUCAUUUACGUCAUCCUCCGCUACGCUAAGAUGAAGACCAUCACCAACAUCUACAUCCUCAACCUGGCCAUUGCCGAUGAGCUCUUCAUGCUGGGGCUGCCCUUCCUAGCCAUGCAGGUGGCGCUGGUCCACUGGCCCUUUGGCAAGGCCAUCUGCCGGGUGGUCAUGACUGUGGAUGGCAUCAACCAGUUCACCAGCAUCUUCUGCUUGACGGUCAUGAGCAUCGACCGUUACCUGGCUGUGGUCCACCCCAUCAAGUCGGCCAAGUGGAGGAGACCCCGGACAGCCAAGAUGAUCAACGUGGCUGUGUGGGGGGUCUCUCUGCUGGUCAUCUUGCCUAUCAUGAUCUAUGCUGGGCUUCGGAGCAACCAGUGGGGGAAAAGCAGCUGCACCAUCAACUGGCCAGGUGAAUCUGGGGCGUGGUACACGGGGUUCAUCAUCUAUGCGUUCAUCCUGGGGUUCCUGGUCCCCCUCACCAUCAUUUGUCUCUGCUACCUGUUCAUUAUCAUCAAGGUGAAGUCCUCUGGCAUCCGAGUAGGUUCCUCUAAGAGGAAAAAGUCCGAGAAGAAGGUCACCCGAAUGGUGUCCAUAGUGGUGGCCGUCUUCAUCUUCUGCUGGCUCCCCUUCUACAUAUUCAACGUGUCCUCCGUGACCGUGGCCAUCGACCCCACCCCGGCCCUCAAAGGCAUGUUUGACUUUGUGGUGGUCCUCACCUACGCCAACAGCUGUGCCAACCCUAUCCUCUAUGCUUUCCUGUCUGACAACUUCAAGAAGAGCUUCCAGAACGUCCUCUGCUUGGUCAAGGUGAGUGGCACAGAUGACGGGGAACGGAGCGACAGCAAGCAGGACAAAUCCCGGCUGAAUGAGACCACAGAGACUCAGAGGACCCUCCUCAACGGAGACCUCCAAACCAGUAUCUAAAUUGCCUGGCCAAACAAAAUCCAAAACAAAACAAAACAAACUCAGCCCAAGGGCAAAGGACUCCCUUCUCACCCGCUCUUCCCUCCUCCCACCGGCACACCUGGCUUCUAGGAUAGAGGUCCGAUGGGCCUGAGCCCAAGUCACAGCACAGCGAAUGAAUGGGCUUGUCUGGUAGAUAACUAAUACGUUGAUUACCUCCCCUUUAAGUGAACACUCAAGUGCAGGCAGACAAUUCAAAGUCUGGAGACCUAUGACCUUGAGAGAUGCUCAAGUUCAACAAAAAGAGAAAAAAAAAACAACCCUAUGUGCGUGUCUGUGAACUUCCAGCCUGCUGUGUAAAGUGUGUUCUUAUAUUUAUAUUUGUAUAUUCCUGCUGAGUGUUUGUACAGUCAUCGCUUUACACUCCUUGUGUUCAGUACAAGAGCAGCAAACUGAAGCGUGCAGAGUGCCCAGGACAUGAGCCACAGUAUGGAACCCUAGGAAAUGGACUUAGCGGGAAGCCAACAAGCUUUACGUGUCAGGAUGGCUCUCCCCGGGCCUUUCCGAGCCCAGGACAAACCUGAACGCUCUGUUCCUGUGGGUCAUGUUGCUUUCGUAAAAUAUUGUGAAAGUGAGAUAUUUUUGUAUUCUUUCUCUUAAGAGGGCCACCCCUGUUACCUAAGCUUCCAGUCUCCCCAAACCUGCCUCUUCCCCUGGGUGUCUUCUGCAUUGAUUUCAAACAGCUAGGUCAAACUCAGGAGGGGGAAGGGAGAAGACAGCCGAAGACCCAGGAUAUAAAUUGUGAGUUUCCUGUUCUCAGA